AUGCCUACUCCAUCCAAUCUGACACAGACACUGGAAUAUGUCUUCAAAAGGAUUUUUGUUACUUAUAUGGACAAUUGGCGCAGGAACACAACAGCUGAGCAGGAGGCCCUGCAAGCCAAAGUCGAUGCUGAGAACUUCUACUACGUCAUCUUGUACCUUAUGGUUAUGAUUGGAAUGUUCUCUUUCAUCAUUGUAGCCAUCCUGGUGAGCACAGUGAAAUCCAAGAGACAAGAACACUCCAAUGACCCGUACCACCAGUACAUUGUGGAGGACUGGCAAGAGAAGUACAAGAGUCAAAUCUUGAACCUAGGAGAACCAAGGGCCACCAUCCACGAGAACACUGGUGCAGCAGGGUUCAAAAUGUCUCCUUGAUUAGCAAGAGAGGCAUACAGCCAACGUCUGAUAUGCAAAUAUGAAGAUACGCCAGUGUCAUGGAGCCAAUCCAAGUUGCCAUGCUUAGAAGACACUAAGUUCCUCGCUCUUUGUUGAGAAUUUUCAUGGAGAUCAGGUGGCUGGUCAACUAAGACAGGGGACAUUUCAAUCUCAGUGAUUUAU